CGAUUCCAUGCUGUUCAUGAAGGAAGAAUGCGAAAUGUUUGCGAAUGUUGAGGCUACAGCCGAGUAUACACGAAUCAUCAAUGACAUAUUCGAUAUCAUGAAUUCAACAAAAGCAGAAGGAGGAACCGGAUUCAAAAGAGCAAUCACAAAAUCGACGUCUCAUGAACUGUUCCAACGUUUCGAUACGGCUAAAAAUUUUAUAAAGCAACUGACAACUGAAGACGGAACUUCUGUAUUUUCUGCCUCAAUUUCCACAGCAUUUUUCGGAUUUUUCAUCAAUAUGAUAAAUUUUAGAAAAAUUUAUCAUGAAUACGUUGAAACUGACAGAAUGGAAGCAUUGGUGACUCACCGUUUCAGUCAAGACCAUCUGGAGACGUUCUUUGGUUCCAUCAGAAGCAUGGGCGGAUUCAAUGAUAAUCCAACAGCGCAACAAUUCGAGGCUGCUUAUCGUAAAUUGCUUAUCCACAAUGACGUCGUCUGUUCCGAGAAGGCGAACUGCAUCGAUCGAGGGGUGAAAAUAUUGACGGUGUCAUCGCAUAAAACCCGUAAACAAAACAACACCUAUUCGUCAUUGGAUAUGUCAAUUGCCGAAAUACUCGAAGAUGAUUUGAAUGCAGGUCAAUAUGUGGAUGAUUCACAUAGUCAUUCAUUGGCCUAUAUGGCCAGUGAGCUCGAAAAAAAGAUUAUCAAUGCUAAGUCACCGAGAAUGAUUGUCAAAUGUGGGGAUUGCAUUAACAGUUUCAUUGAAAAUGAACUGAUGGAAGACAGUUUUAUAAGAUUCAAGGCACGACGAACGAAUAUGAUGCAGCCAUGCCGAAGCACAUAUGAAAUUUGCAAAUUCAUCGACCAUUUCCUGAAAUGUUAUGAGGACAAGACAAUCACUUUUCGUGGUGCUACAAUGAAAGUUCUUAGUGCGUUGGAUUUUGAUUCGUUGUACCCGUAUUCCAAUUUCCAAAACCACUCAGAACCUGGCCCUCAUAAAUACGAUUUUGUGAAACAGAUAGUUGAACUAUACAUAAAAUUGAAGUCAAACCAUAUUGCUAAAUGCAUAACAACAAAAUCCCAUGACGAAGCAUCGAUUCGACAUUUCUAUAAGAAGUUGAUCCACGAAGCUGGUCAAUGAACAGAAAAACGCCAAAAAUAAAUGUCCAACCAAAAAUAAUAUAAUCAGUCAUUAUUUUUAAUCGAAAAUCCAAAUGAAAUUAUUUACUUUAUAUUGAAAAAUAAAAAGAGGUUAAUAUUUCCAUUUAUUGGUUUAGAUUCAUUUUAUUUCUUGUUUUCUUUUUAUUUUUCUAUCAGUCGCGUUUUUAAUUUUAUUUUGUGAAUAAAAAUAGCUUACUUAACAUUUGGUCUGUAAAGUUAUAACUUAAGACGUAAUAAAUAUAUCAAGUUUUUAUCACA